ACACCCGCAGUUUCUCGCGCGAUAUCCGGUCAAUAUUUCCCACAAUGCAGCGGAAACCAACAUGGCAGCGCCCAUAACACGAAUGAUUUCGAGUUCAGCCAGUGCACAUUUUUCGCUUUAAAUCCUAUUGAGAAAUGGGAAGGAACCGAGGGAAAGGAGGAAAGAGUCGUGCUUCAGGGGGCAAAAGCCAACGUCAUGUCCACAAAUUUGAAAGAUAUGCGAGGGAUAGUCAACAGGAAUCAUCACAAGGCCCCUCCCGCCCACAGGAGAUGGAGGAGGAAGAGGAGGAUCCAUGGAAGAUCCCCUGCCCGCUGGCCAUGUGGGAUCUACAGCACUGCGAUCCCAAGAAGUGCACUGGCCGCAAGCUGGCAAGGAAGGGGCUGAUCAGGACCCUGCGGCUGGCCCAGCGCUUUAACGGGAUCAUCCUGUCCCCCAUGGGAACCCACUGUAUCUCACCACAGGACAGGCAUAUUGUUGAGGCCAAAGGCAUUGCAGUGAUUGACUGCUCCUGGGCCAUGCUAGAGCAGACACCGUUUGACAAGAUGAGGGGUGGUCAGCCACGACUCCUCCCCUACUUGGUGGCCGCAAAUCCCAUCAACUACGGCAGGCCCUGCAAACUCUCCUGUGUGGAGGCUUUCGCUGCAACUUUCUACAUAGUCGGUCUCCCUGAGUAUGGCCUGCAGCUGUUGAAGAGGUUCAAGUGGGGACCAGGUUUCUACCAGCUGAACAAAGAUGUCUUAGAGAGCUACGCGGCCUGCAAGAACGGCACUGAGGUGGUGGAAGCACAGAAGGCAUGGAUGGUGAAACUAGAACAGGAAGAUGCACUCAGAGCAACCACAGAUCUGAUGAAUAUCGACAUGGAGCAGGAAACAUGCAACCUGAACCGGCAGCCGCAGUACGACAUGCCCGACUUAGAUGAUGACGACAGUGAUGAUGAGGAUGAUGAAAAUGAAAGCGGGGAUGAAGAAGAUGUUCAGGAAAGCAAAGAUGAUGUCAAUGACAAUGAUGAGGAUAAUGAUGUGAAAGAUGAGAUGCUUAGAGGAGAGGCUUCAGGUGUUGCAACUGACAGCCAGGAUGCAAUAGAUGAUGAAGAUGGUGGAGAAGAUGAUGAAGAUGACAGUGAAGAUUCGGAAGAAAAGAAUCAAGCAGAAGCAUCAGAUGAUGCAACUGAGAAGACACACAAAGUGCCUCAGAGAGACUGUUCCGCUGAAAGCUCGCUCCCAGUUGGAGAAAGUUCCGAUGCAAAGAACACCUGCAGAACUCAAGAUAUGGUAACCAGUGCACAUGAUGAGAAGAAAAGCUCUGGUGCUUGUGACUUGAACAAAGUUGAAACGGAAAGCUUAGAUGGAGAAGUAAGAACCGAAAGCCCAAAUGAGAAUGUCCUUGAUAGAACUGAUCAUGGGAGCAACUCGGAUGUCAAGACUGGGAUGUUAACAAGCGAGACUGAAGGUUUGAAGGCAUCAUUAGAGAAAGUUUCAAUUUCUUAAGACAUAGACAGUUUAUUUUUUUGAACAAUUAAGUCACCAAGAUGUCAUUCAAUGUGAAUGCUUUUCAUAAAAUAUUUUAUUUUCCAGCUUCACUCUGGAUGAUACUUCAAAUAAUCUCAGUCUGUUUAUACAUUUAUCAAAUCUACCUGAAAUGUCUAAAAUGGAUCCUGCAAGUGUUGACGGACAUUCUGAUCUUUAAAUUUCUGAUUAAAUGAACAAGAUACGAAUAAAAAAAUUCUAUUAUUUGAGUUUUCAGACAGUCAAAAUAUUUAGAGGAAAUCAAUUUAUGAUUAACUACAUUGAGAAUGACCCCUCCCCCUCCAAAUAGAAGCUUACAGACUCAAAGCACAUGUUGUUCAGCUGUCAGGUGCUCAAACAAAAACAUUCCAUUAUUAUUCAGACGUAAGGAAUACAGAAAGGAUUAAAAGAGAGAAAAAAUAUCCUCAGCCACAGUUUAUUUGCAGUUUUAUCCAAAUGGACAAUUAAAUGGCCAAAAUCAGUUACAUACAUGUCACGAAGUAUUCUCACUGGAAUGGUUGCAUUGAGAUUGAACAUUUCCAAUCAAGCGUGGUGUUUUUACAAAGCUUGCGUACUGCUUAGUUGGGUUUCCCUCUAGUGGAGUUGAAGC